UGAUUCCUCCCUUUCUCCAAAACCAACCACCGGACACUCCGCCUGUCUGUCCCCGGGAAUCGGCUUCCGUUGCCGCAUUCCAGGGCCACACACACACACAGACACACCGGUAGCUCCCAUCGCACGGUGGCCGCAGGAGGGGACGUUUUCCACGGGAGAUAAGUGAAGAUAAACCGCUGUGAACCCGGACCGGGAGGAAGCGGAGACUCGGUGGAGAAGUUUUACCACUUUUUUUUUUUUGACUCCGUCUUUCGGGGGUAAACUCAGCCACGUUGGAGCCGCUGUGACAAGCCGACGAAGGAACCGGGAAAGUGACUCGUCAGCGCAGAAGUUUGAGUCACACACGCUGAGCUCCAACACUUCCAAACGAGGAUUAAUGUCCUGUUUUAACCUCGUGUUCCCGGUUGUGCUUACUCACCGGCAGACAGACGGACUCCCCCCUGCCUCCCUCCCUGCCUCCCUCCCUGCCUCGCUCCUCGGCUGCCGGGCCCCGCGGCUGCAGCUGCUGAGCUGAACCGGGCCGCGGCCGCAGGGACCCCGGGCUGUCAGGUGAGAGGCGUGGCUCUGGGCGGGGGGAAGCUCCGGCAGCACCUGGGCGAGGGAGUGUGCGAGCGGAGGAGCACUGAGCAGGAGCCCGGGCUGAGGGAGCGACCAGGCGGGGAGCAGAGGACAGCGGUUCCCAGGACACCGGGACACGGUAAUGACCCACGGCGCCUUCUCGAGGUUUGACCCAGCGGACGGACGAGUGGAGACCGGGUCAGAGAGGAUCUAGGGUUGACUGCGGACAGACCGGGGGACAGCGGGGGGGACAACCGGGGGUCAUGGCUCAUUCUCAGGUCCAGUGUCUGGACGACCACCACGUCAACUGGCGGGUGAGUGAGAGCAAGCCGGAGUUUUUCUACAGCGAGGACCAGCGGCUGGCCGUGGAGGCGCUGGUCACCAAGGGCCGGGACGCCUUCACCGACUGCCUCCACCAGAGGGGAGUCCGGGACUUCCUCUCGGAGCCGGAGCUGGAGCGGAUAGAGCGCUCGACGGAGGCUUACCGGCCCGGGCACGAGCACCAUCAGAAACCAGACACCCCCGGCCCGGGGAACAUCACCCCGGGCUCCGGGGAGGAAGCCGGGGACGGGGAGGUGUCGCUCCAGUACUGGCCGGACCGGUCCGAGGGCUCCGUGGUGGAGCUGGACCUGGGCUGGCCCGAGGCCAUCUCUUACCGGGGGGUGACGCGGGUCACCGUGUACACGCAACCUCCAACCGACGGACACACGCACAUCAAGGAGGUGGUGAGGAAGUGCAUCAUGGGAGCACAGAAGGUAAUAGCCGUGGUAAUGGAUGUGUUUACAGACGUGGAUAUCUUUCGCGACAUGCUUGAUGCUGCAUAUAAACGCAAAGUUCCUGUAUACAUCAUCAUCGACAUGGCUGCAGUCCCCUGCUUUCUUUACAUGUGUGGCAGAGCUGAUAUGCACCGUGGACAUCUAAAGAAUUUGCGUGUGCGCUGCUGCGGAGGCGUGGAGUUCUUCACUCGGUCGGCACAGCAGGUGCGUGGGUCGCUGAGCCAGAAGUUUCUCCUGGUCGAUGGAGACAGAGCCAUCUCUGGUUCAUACAGCUUCACCUGGUCGUCCUCUCGUUUGGACCGUAACCUCAUCACCGUGAUCACAGGACAGGCGGUGGAGACGUUGGACCUACAGUUUCAGGACCUUUACCUCGUGUCCAGAGGCGUGUCUCUCAACAAGGUUCCCAUGGUGGACGAACCCAUCCCCGACCCGCUGCCCGAGGUGGCUCCUGUUCCUGUGUCAGCUGCUAUUGCAAGGAAGCUCAUCAAUCCCAAAUACUCCCUGGUUACCACGGGAGCCCACAGUCCAGCCCCCUCGGACAAGAACUCAAACUCUGCAAAUCCCACGGGGCUAAAAAUAAAGAAAGUGCGUCUCAAGCAGGUUAUCGAAGAACCGCCAUUACACCCAGGAUUAGCCCAUCUGGAGAAAGCAUACAUGAUCCCAUACCUGCCCACCUGGCCAGAUCCUGACCCACCGAGCGACGUGAUAGGCUUUAUCAACAUCAGGGAUGAAAAACGGGCCAAUCAGGUUCAUCUACAGAGGUCGGAGAGGUUUGAUGUAAGCCGGGCUAUACGCUUCAGCUCACCGCUGACAAUGAAACCCGAGCCUGAGGAGCCUGCUCCUGGUCGGGAUGCAAACGCAGCAGAAAGAACCAAAAAGCCCUCUGGGAAUACAAGUCCAGAAGCCUCUACUCCUGUGAACACAACCAGCAAACAAGUCAAAGAGAAAACAAACGCUCCUCCCAACAAAGACCAAACUGAUUCCAGUGUGGCCCCUCAGCCGCCCCACACACAGGACACACACAACCCAAAUCAACACACUCCUAAAUCAUCACCUGGCGUCACUGCUGAUUCACAGCCAACAGAUGGCGCUAAACAAACUCCAGAGACACAAACCCCAGCACCUCCUGUUCCUAAACGCCGCACCCUGCAGCUGGUCCUGGACCCAUCCACUUCAGAGCAGCCUGGACAACCGCAGGUGACUCUUAUUAAAAUGGACCAACUGGAAAGUCAAGAUGACUCUUUGAGCAAAAGGAGAAGCCAGGCGGAGCUGACGUUAGGCCGUGGACGCAUGACAUCAAAGAACAUGGACGGGGACUCCGGCAGCAACGACGAGGGCAGCCAAGACAGCACCAAGGUCAUCUGUGACCGAGCGACCAACGAUGAUCCUUCAAGUGCUUCCACUGUGUCGGAGGAGGAGUUUUACGAUUCCCCGCAGGAGCCAAUCGACCCGCUGAUAAACGGAGUUUCGACGGGUUCGGGUCACGGACAUCGGCACGGAGACGGGGUCAACAUGAUGGCCCGCCUAUCCCAGAGUAUGCUGGACCUGCGAGACCCCAGUCAAUCGGAGGACAGCGCCGCCCUCAUCCGCCAAUCACAGCAGCUCCGCAGACAAGGUCACCCCUCACCACACAGGCACAUAGGAGAAUUGUUCCGGACCUCUAGAUCUCCAGGUAGAGAUGCAAGACUGCAAGGAAAUAAAGUCGUCAUCGCCAAACCGGGAAGUUACCACCGCCCGACCCGAGCAACUGGCCCGGUGAUCGGAGGACACCGUUACUGGCACAGUCAAGUGAUGCAACCCAAUUCGACCCAGCUGCAGGCAGAGACGCGGUCCAGCCGGUCGCCACGACGCCCCAGCCCGGGUUACAGGAAGACGGACCAAUCCUCGGCACAGCCGCCACCCAACCCAUCAGGGCCACUAGGAGUUUCUCUCUCAAAACUGACCAAUUUCAGACACUUGAGGGCACGAGGAGGAGGGUCGCAGAAGAAAGCGACUCAAAAUAACAAGGCUGCUAGUUAGAACAGAGGACCUGUGGACACACGGACGUUUGUUCAUAAAGACUUCCUGCUACGCAACUGGUGACUCUUCACUGUGGAAUCCUUCCUAUCUCAGGCGUGCAUGUCACUUCCUGUUUUAAACCCUGAGGCUAAGCUAUUUAAUUGGGAAUUUUGACUUAAGAUUUAUGAAUCUGAUAUGAUGAUGUGUUUUUAAGAGGUUUUGCCUGUAAAUUAAUGACUUGUCCUUCCAAACUAUUUCUUCCCGGUGAAAGGUUUUCAGACCGGAUGCUUUCAGUGGCGUCCGGUCUGAUGAAGUGUUUCAGAGGAUGUUACUGAUCUGAGAGGAAAUUAACUUUCCAAACAAAUGCAUGACACUUUUUUUUUUUUACAAUGCAUCUCUCAAAAUUUAGUAAUCAAGUCAUUUAGGCAUCUUGUUUCCAAGGCCCUGUUCAGACCUGGAGUUAAGGUCUGAUCUCACUUCCCUGCCCUAUGUGCAAAUAACCAGUCAUUUGUAUUUGUUUAGACCAAAUGAUGUUGUUUUUACCCAGUGUGAGUUUAGAGAUGUGUCCAAUGUCAGUGUGUUUGUGUGUCGGCGAGAGGGAGGAGUCAGGAGGGGCUGGAUGAAUCUCGUGCUGCUGUGAAGAAAGAUUUUUACCAAUUUAAGAAAAAGUCCAGAUGGUGAUGUGGUGAUGUGGUGAUCAGUGUUGAUAUUGUGACGUCAGCUGAUUCUGUGGUUCUUCACAAGUGACACAUUUACGUUCAAACAGCGGAAAUAAUGCGUCGCAGAGCAGCUCCCAAUAUGGUCUGAGGGACACAUUUCGAUGUGUCCAGGCCUGAACUGAGAUCCGAUCUUUCAGGACAGAUUAUAACACCAGGUCUGAACAGAGUCUAAGAUUUAAUAGAAGCAUAUUUUGUAGAUGAUAAACGGCACCAUACUAGAUUUGGGCAGCUUCUUCUCUACCAAACACGGCACUUCAGCCUUGUAGGGAAUCCUUUGAACGAGCGCUUCCAGUUUAAAUCCGCUUCUUUCCCUUUUCAGAAUUUCACGCUGUAAUAUUUUUCCAUAUCAAACACACACAGAUGUGACAAUCAGCUGAUGUUUUCCCGCUGAUAUGAGCGUCAGGCUCUGGGUGUUGGUUCCACUGUGGUUACUGAUGGUGCGCGGGUAAAGCUACCGUGUUGCUUGCUUUACGUGUGAGGCAGAUGUUGUUGUGGACACCAGGUGUAUUCGAUGUUUAACACUGAUGUGGGACUAAAAGUGAAUGUUGUAAAUAAAAAGUCAGACUGUU